UACUAUCUAUGGUGUCUAUGGACGACGCUUAGCAAUCGGCAAGUCUGUCAACUGGUGAAUUCUUUUCCAUUUUGUACCAAGGAGGUCGUCAAAAUGGUCCAAAGAUUGGUUUUCAGAAGGAGGUUGUCCUACAACACAAAAUCCAACAGGAGGAGGAUAGUCCGUACUCCUGGUGGUAAACUAGUAUACCAAUACCUCAAAAAAGCAAAGAAUGUACCAAAAUGUGGUCAGUGCAAAGACAAAUUGAGAGGUAUUGUCCCAGCCAGAUCCUACGAAAGAUCCAGGCUCUGCAGGCGUAAGAAGAUGGUCAAGAGGGCUUAUGGUGGUGUACUGUGCCACAAGUGUGUUAAAGAAAAGAUUGUUAGGGCUUUCUUACUCGAAGAACAAAAAAUAGUUGUUAAAGUAAUGAAAGCACAACAAGGUGUUAAAGCUCCAUCUAAGAAGUAGUCUGGAAUAAAUUUUGUAAAGUA